AUGAAGUCAUCAUUUAAGUCUGAGUAUCCCUUUGAGAAGAGGAAAGCGGAAUCUGAGAGGAUUUCUCAGAAGUUCACAAAUAGGAUUCCAGUAAUUUGUGAGAAAGCUGAAAAAUCGGAGAUUCCAGAGAUUGACAAACGUAAAUACUUGGUUCCUGCGGAUUUGACUGUCGGGCAAUUCGUUUACGUGAUCAGAAAGAGAAUUAUGUUGCCACCGGAGAAGGCCAUAUUUAUCUUCGUGAAUGAUACGCUGCCACCGACUGCUGCGCUGAUGUCUGCUAUUUACCAGGAGCAUAAGGAUAAGGAUGGGUUUUUGUACGUGACCUAUUCCGGAGAAAAUACAUUCGGAGCCAUAGCGUUGUAG